AUAAGCUCAAAUGAAUGGGACAGUCUUGUGUGAGACCUCUGAGAUUUCUUCACCUCCGGUCAGCAAACACUCGCCGGUUCUCGGCAGCCGCCACUGAGCUUUCAAUUCUAUGUUCUCAAGGUUACGUAAAAGAAGCCUUCAACAAGUUCUCUUUCUUAAUAUGGGACAACCCAUCUCAUUUCUCUUACCUUUUACAAGCAUGCAUCCAAGAAAAGUCCUUUUCCCUCACCAAACAGCUGCAUUCUCUCAUAAUAACAUCUGGGUGUUUCAGGGACAAGUUUGUUUCCAAUCACCUGCUCAAUGCUUACUCGAAAUUGGGUCAGCUAGAUACUGCAGUUUCACUGUUUGAUAAAUUGCCUAAGAGAAAUGUCAUGUCUUUUAACAUUUUGAUUGGUGGGUAUGUUCAAAUUGGCGAUUUGGAUAGUGCCUCUAAAGUGUUUGAUGAAAUGGGUGAGAGAAAUUUGGCUUCUUGGAAUGCUAUGAUUACUGGGUUGACUCAGUUUGAGUUUAAUGAGAGGGCGUUCAGUUUGUUUUCGCAGAUGUAUGGGUUAGGUUACUUGCCUGAUGCAUUUACUCUUGGAAGUGUUUUAAGAGGUUGUGCUGGUUUGAAGGAUUUGAAUAAGGGCAGGCAGGUUCAUGGUUGUGGAUUGAAAUUGGGCUUAGAGGGCGAUUUUGUUGUUGCAAGCUCGUUGGCACACAUGUAUAUGAGGUCUGGUAGCUUAAGAGAGGGAGAGAUUGUGAUCAUGUCGAUGCCAGAUCAAACUAUGGCAGCUUGGAAUACUCUUAUUGCUGGUAGGGCUCAGAAUGGGUGUUUCGAAGGUGCAUUGGAGCUGUAUAAUUUGGUGAAAAUCGCUGGGUUUAGACCGGAUAAGAUAACGUUUGUUAGCGUGAUCAGCUCGUGUUCAGAGCUGGCUACAAUAGGACAGGGGCAGCAGAUUCAUUCUGACGUUAUAAAAACUGGUGCAAUUUCUGUGGUUGCAGUUGUAAGUUCCUUGAUUAGCAUGUAUUCAAAAUGUGGGUGUCUAGAUGAAGCUGAAAAGAUUUUCGUGGAAAGGGAGGAAGCUGAUAUUGUUUUAUGGAGUGCUAUGAUUUCUGCUUAUGGGUUUCAUGGGAUGGGAAAGAAUGCUGUUGAGUUGUUUCAUCGUAUGGAGCAGGAAGGACUAGCACCUAACCAUAUUACUCUCUUGAGUUUGCUCUAUGCCUGUAGUCAUAGUGGGAUGAAGGAUGAAGGGCUUGAAUUUUUCGACUUGAUGGUGGAAAAGUACAAUGUGGAGCCUCAACUGGUGCACUAUACAUGCGUGGUUGACCUCCUAGGAAGAGCAGGCUGUUUGCAGGAGGCUGAAGCUCUUAUUAGAUCUAUGCCUGUGAAGCCAGAUGGUGUCAUAUGGAAGACGUUGCUGUCUGCCUGUAAAAUUCAUAAAAAUGCAGAUAUGGCUAGAAGCAUAGCUGAAGAAGUUUUGAGGAUUGAUCCUGAGGAUUCUGCUUCAUAUGUGCUCCUUGCUAAUGUUCAAGCAUCUGCUAAAAGAUGGAAGAGUGUUUCUGAAGUGAGGAAAUCAAUGAAGGAUAGGGGAGUAAAGAAAGAACCAGGAAUAAGCUGGCUGGAGUUGAAGAACCAGGUUCACCACUUUAUUAUUGGUGAUAAAUCUCAUCCACAAUCAGACGAGGUUGAUGUAUACUUAAAGGAAUUGAUUGCACAACUGAAGUUAGAGGGCUAUGUUCCUGAUACAGGAUCCGUUUUGCAUGACAUGGAAUUAGAGGAAAAAGAGUAUAACUUGGUCCAUCACAGUGAAAAAUUAGCCAUUGCUUUUGCGCUGAUGAACACCCCGGAGGGUUUUCCAAUCAGGAUAAUGAAGAAUUUACGAAUUUGUGGUGAUUGUCACAUGGCUAUUAAGUACAUAUCCCAGAUGAAAAAACGAGAAAUAAUUGUACGCGAUUCCAGUAGGUUUCAUCACUUCAAAGAUGGCUGUUGUUCUUGUGGAGAUUAUUGGUAAGGAGGUUACAUUUGACAAUCUUACUGUAGGUUAUA